AUGGAGGUCCGUGUGAUGAAUAAAAUAUCCUUACUGAUGAUUCUUUUCCUGCUGGUAUUGCAGUCCUGUAAGGGCAGCGAUAAGAAAAAUAUCCAGGAUGCUGCAGUCAGCCUGACAGUCUGGCAUUAUUUUGCCGAGCAGGAUGUGGAUGUAUUUAACGAGGGCAUACAAAAAUAUGCCAGGCAGAAAGAUAUAGAAGUCACAUCCACUUUUGUGGAGCGCAGAGAUUUAUUAAAACAAUACACGAUGGGUGCCCUUUCAGGACGGCUUCCAGAUGUAGGUUUAGUUGACAACCCGGAUCAUGCAUCUUUUGCUGUUAUGGGCAUUUUUCAGGAUAUCACGGAUCUGGUAGAGGCUACCGGGGAGAAGGAUUUCUUUUUUAAAGGCCCUUUAUUGAGUGCGACCUAUGAGGGGAAAUUAUAUGGUCUGCCCCAUAAUUCUAACGCACUGGCCUUGUUUAUCAAUAAUGCGAUGUUCCGGGAAAAAAACCUUGAAGCUCCGACCACCUGGGAUGAGUUGUUAGUCGUUUGUGAAAAACUGGCUGAUAAAGAAAAGGGCGUUUACCCACUGGCUAUGAGCGCUGUCAAUACUGAGGAAGGAACAUUCCAGUUUAUGCCCUGGCUGCUUUCGGCUGGAGGAGGCAUUGAGGAUCUGGGGGGAGAGAAUUCCAUACGUGCUGUAAAAUUCCUCAAAACACUGAUAGAUAAGGGAUAUAUGUCUAUCGAUGUCAUAAACUGGGGGCAGGGGAGUGCGAACACUCAAUUUAUGAAUGGCCUGGCUGCAAUGCAGGUCAAUGGUCCCUGGAAUAUCCCGACCAUUCAACAGGAGGCUCCUGACCUGGAUUUCAGUGUAGUCCUGUUGCCCAAAGAUCAGAAGUAUGCUUCUGUCCUGGGCGGAGAAAAUUUUGCUGUUCUAAGUGGUGCCCCCAGGGAAGAGGCUUUUGAUUUAUUAUAUUUCAUUACAUCAAAAGAAGUUGUGGCAGAUUACGCGGCGAGAGCCGGCAAGUUUCCCUCGCGUUCUGAUGCCCUGGAGCUUAAGACGAUAUGGACAGAAGAUCCGCUUCUGAAAGUUUUUGGCGAAGAGCUCAAAUUUGCCUUGCCCAGGGGGCCACAUCCCCGGUGGCCUGAGAUUUCCAGUAUCAUUAUCGGGGCAGUGACCGAAGUUUUAACAGGUGUGAAAACGGCUGAAGAAUCCAUGCAGGAAGCAGCUGCAAAAUAUGAUGAAAUUAUCCGUUAG